AUGUGGAAAUGGAUACUGACACAUUGUGCCUCAGCCUUUCCCCACCUGCCUGGCAGCGGCUGCUGCUUCUUGUUGCUGUUCUUGGUGUCUUCCAUCCCUGUCACCUGCCCAGCCCUCGGUCAGGGCAUGGUGUCACCAGAGGCCACCAACUCCUCUUCCUCCUCCUCCUCGUCCUGGUCCUCCGCGUCCUCUUCCUCCUUCUCCUCUCCUGCUAGUGCGGGUAGGCACGUGCGGAGCUACAAUCACCUCCAAGGAGAUGUCCGCUGGAGAAAGCUGUUCUCUUUUACCAAGUACUUUCUCAAGAUCGAGAAGAACGGGAAGGUCAGCGGUACCAAGAAGGAGAACUGCCCGUACAGUAUCCUAGAGAUAACUUCAGUGGAAAUCGGAGUUGUUGCCGUCAAAGCCAUUAACAGCAACUAUUAUUUAGCCAUGAACAAGAAGGGGAAACUCUAUGGCUCAAAAGAAUUUAACAAUGACUGUAAGCUGAAGGAGAGGAUAGAGGAAAAUGGAUACAAUACGUACGCAUCCUUCAACUGGCAACACAAUGGGAGGCAAAUGUACGUGGCAUUGAAUGGAAAAGGAGCUCCCCGGAGAGGACAGAAAACACGAAGAAAAAACACCUCAGCUCAUUUUCUUCCAAUGGUGGUACACUCAUAGAGGAAGGCAAGGUUUGUGGAUGCAGGAGAACCAAAGGUUCUUUUGCCAGGACUAGUUGGUAUUCUUCAUGAAGACAGUAGCUCAAAAGGCAGAGACACACUGCAGAUGUCAGAUGUCUGCUUGCUUGAACGAAAGGAAGUCUUUGAAGGUUUUGUACUCACUGCUGACAUAUGAUGUUCUUUUAAUUAGUUCUGUGUCAUGCCUUAUAAUCAAGAUAUAGGCAGAGUUACAUGGGAUGGAAGUUAUUCCUAAGCAAACAACAUUGUGGCCAGGUUUUUGGAGAAGUUUUUGUUUCUGUUCUUGUUUUUUAACCUCCGAGCUAGAACUUAAAGGACAUGGAACAAUCUGUUGGAUCUUCAGGAAAGUUAUUUAUGGAAUACGAACUCAUAUCAAAGACUUUCAUUGCUCAUGCA